AUGCAAAUAUGCAAUAAUACAUAUGACCUCAUGUAUGCGGAAACGCGAAUAGUGUUGAAUUACCAACUCCGAUGCAAGUGGUAACCCAAGAAAAAAAAAGGCGCCUUCCAGAGUAUCUCUUUGUUGACUGAUCCAAUGAUAGCCCGCAUAAGGAAAGAAGAGAAGAGGAUGCCUAUAUAAGAAUAGGAAAAGUCUAUUGUAUCUUCCUCGAUUAUCGUUAAAAUUACCCUUUUCUUCCUCAACCAUACAAUGACCUCGACUAUGGUAAAAAUUAGCCUUUUCUUUAACCAUAAAAAAAAAUCGGAUAUAUCUCUCCUUCGUCAUCUCUCAACAUCGCAUAUGACAUCUGGGGCCGUUUUUUUAUCGGUGGUUUUUGUAAGCUAUACCAAGUAGCUUAUAAUACUAGUUUUUGUGUUUUGUUUUCUCAAAGUUGAGUAGUUGGAUGGUUAUGAGUCGCGAAAAUUCAUUUGGAUUUUGCACACUACCGCAUGUGUCCUUUCAGAGGUUAGAUUUUUCGGUUAUUUUAGGUAAGCUUGUUUGCUUUCAGCUUUAAUUCUUACCUCUGACCGAGAACACGAAAGCGUAAUAAAUUCAAAGAUGUCUGUAGAACGAAAAGGUCACUUUGACAACUACACCCCCUAUUUGGAAGCAGGAAUAUAUUGUAAAAUAAAAAGCAUUAAUAUAAAUUAUUAAAACUCUUAUUUUAGAGGAGUUAAAGAAUGAGAACUUGCUAAAAUCCAGAUGUUUAAUUAAAUUUCGGUAUUUUUAACGAUGGUGUAUCUUAUAUUAAUAUUACGUUAUACUUUUUAUAGACAUCAACUAUAGUUUUUUUUUUCGGAAGUAAACAAUUUCUUAGACAAAAUUACGAAACCCUAUAAAAUCUUCUUUGUGUUAGCACAAAAAUAAGUAAAAAUACAAUUAUUUCUAUGAUUGGACAAAAAUAAACUGUAUAUUAUAACAUAAAUAGUAAGCCAUACAAAUAAUUUUAUUACUUGACAGCAUCAGAGACUGCCUAAAACUAUUUUAAAAUUUACACACUUCAGAGGAUUGCGAUAUCAUAGUUAUGUCAAAAUAUGCCUCGUAAUGAAUCCAGUACUAAUAUUUAGCCUUAAAUUUGUUUAUAUAUAUUUAAACAAAUUUGUGGUUGUUUGGCUCGUCGCUGGAAAGUAAGAUUUAUGUAUAUUUUGGACGGAGCGAGUAGUUAUAGCCUUAUAGGUUAUGUUUGGUUCCUUUGGUUAUUAGACUAAACGUUAAAGUAUUUCAUUUGGUUUGAGUAAUUAAACCGGACUAAAGAAUAUUAAUUGUUGUGAAUAAUGAUUGUAUUACUCCUAUUAAUUAGUGAAUGUUUGCUACAAUAAGAAAAUAGAGAAGGUAAAAAUCUUACUUUUGUUCUUUUUAGUCAUCUCUUUGGUAAUUAAAGAACUAAGUCACUCCACUAUAUUUAAGGUAACUAAAGAACUAAAUUUUACUCACUUAACUAUAUUUACUUUUUAAGGACUAAAUAUAAUUAAACUUUAGUCACUAAAUUUUAAUCUCCCAAACCAAUAGACAUAGUAGCGGCUACAGUACAGACUACAAGUAGUAUAUAUGUUUGCUAGCUGGGCGGUGGCCCUUUCCUUCCAUAUCGUCCACCGGUAGACGAUGGCGAGCCUGCAAGCAGCCCUGCUCCUUCUCCCGGCGUUCUCCGUCGUGGCUGUGGCGGCACGGUGGGUGUGCCGCGCGCUGGCGCGCUCCCAUUUGGCGUGCCUCCCGUCCGGCAGCCCGUCGUUCCGGUACCUGGUCUCCUCCUCGCCGUCGUCGUCGUCCGUGGUGGACAAGGGCGGCGGCGAGCUGCCGGUGGCGCUUUAUUCCCGGAGGACGAAGCGCCGCCGCUGCGUUGGCGAGGAGGAGGAGGAGGAACGGUGCGUGUUCUGCCUGAGCAGCAUCGAGGAGGGGUCGGAGGUGAGGGAGCUCCGGUGCCGGCACCUCUUCCACCGCGCGUGCCUGGACCGCUGGGUCCGGGCGCGGCCGGCGGCGACGUGCCCGCUCUGCCGCGGGCGGCUCCUGACGUCGCUUCCGUGGGAGGUGGCGGGGUACUACCACGACGAAGAGGAAGAGGAGGAGGUGGAGAUGGAGGAGGAGUCGGACAUGAUGCUGUUCAUGGCGUGCGUGCACAGCCGCAGCAGCUGGCUGUGGCCGUCGUGAUCAUGCGGGCGUGCUGACCGAUCGGACGUCGACUCGUCAUGGAGGAGCUAGCUCUGUACCUUGUGGAUCCCAGCAACCCGCAUGCAUGGCAGGCGCCGGCGAGACGACGCGACACGUACGUCUGUGGGCUGUGGCGCGUGCACGUUGGGGUCGUUUGCUCCGACGUGUGUCGAGGCCAUGCCUGAUGCCUGCCUCCUCCGUCCUCCCCUGCUCACUGUCGAUCCAUCUCAGCUAAGCUGUCACGUCGACCGGACCGGCCGGCCGGUUUUUCUACUGGACCCGGCCAUAAAGUCGUGUACAUGUACUACAUGCAUGUUUGCAUAGCGUGUCAUCUACAUAGCGCGGCGCGGCGGCGGUGGAACAGAACAAGAAUUGCCCACGCCGGAGAGAAUACGGCGUUUCAUCUUGUUGUUGAGGUGCCCAUAUUCAUCGUGAUCAUUGUCUCCGUCUAAAUCCUUGGCAGGUCGAAUUCACUGGAGGCCAUAAGUGAUAGUAAAAAAGAUGAACAUUGCUAC